AUGGGGCAGCAUAACCUCCUCCCAAGGAGAUCGCUUCUGUUGUACUUGCUGCUGCAGGCGCUAAGGGCCAUUUGUGGCUUAUCAAGCGGUGGGGCUUCUCCCUUGCCUCUGGUCCUCAAUAUCUGUGCAUUCUGGAAAGCUACAGAAACAGCUUGGAAUACCUUACACUCAGGAGGCUCUGAACUGGAUGCAGUAGAGAAAGGUUGUGGUCAGUGUGAGAUUGAGCAAUGUGAUGGAAGUGUGGGGUAUGGAGGAAGUCCGGAUGAACAUGGGGAAACAACGUUGGAUGCCAUGAUUAUGGAUGGUAACACCAUGAAGGUUGGGGCAGUAGCAGAUCUCAGACGUAUAAAAAAUGCCAUUGGUGUAGCACGGAAAGUGAUAGAACAUACUAGGCAUACUUUACUGGUUGGAGAAACAGCUUCCUUUUUUGCAGAAAGCAUGGGUUUCCCAAGUGAAGAUUUGACUACACAGAAGUCUCUUUCAAUAUAUUUAAAGUGGUUUAAUCAGAGUUGUCGGCCAAACUUCUGGAAGAAUGUUAUUCCAGAUGCUUCAAAAUCUUGUGGGCCAUACAAACAGAGUGCAGUUUUCAUGAAGGAAGAACAGAACAUCUCAGAGAAAAGGAUCGAAGUUCACAGUCAUGAUACUAUUGGCAUGGUUGUGAUUGGUCAGACUGGAAGCAUUGCUGCAGGGAUUUCUACAAAUGGUGCAAACCACAAAACCCAAGGACGUGUAGGAGAUUCACCAAUAGCUGGAACCGGAGCCUAUGCUGAUAGUACAGCUAGCACUGCAUCUUCUACUAGAGAAGGAGAUGUUAUGAUGCGUUUCUUGCCCAGCUACCAAGCUGUGGAAUAUAUGCGGACAGGAAUGGAUCCAACAAUGGCAUGUAAAAAAGUUAUUUCUAGGAUUCAGAAAUAUGUCCCAUACUUUUUUGGUGCUGUUAUUUGUGCCAACACAAGUGAAAGCUAUGGUGCUGCUUGCAAUAAACUUCCAGGAUUCACACAGUUUCAUUUUAUGGCUUGUAAUCCCAGUUUGAGGCAACCAUCUGAGGAAAUAGUAGACUGCAUUUAACUUCUUCCUUUCUCAACAACAACAUCUAAACUUAACAAGAGAUGGGGUGGGUGGAGACCCACAGUGCAAUCUCAUACGUUCAUACUCAGAAGGAAGUCCCAUUAAGUUCAGUGGACCAUGAUCCUGAGUAAGUGACUAUAGGAUCACAACCUAAAUUAAAUUGCCAGAAUUAAUUUUUACAAAAAUCAGUUGCAUACAUAACUUACCCUGG